UUUUGUUAAUAUUCAUAUUUAUAUUUUUUAUGCUGAAUGGCAACAAGUAGUUUAUAUUUAUAUUUACAUUUCUUUAUGCUGAAUUGCAACUAGUUCUGAUUCAUGAUUGCUUGGUUUUGUUUUCCAAACAUUGCUGUACUAUUAUCGUCGCAUUUCGAUAGCUGGAAAAUAAAAUGCAAUAAACUUAGCUAUUUGUUUAUAAUUCAUGCUGUUACUAAUCAUAAAUUAAUUUUAAACAUUAAUAGCCAAGGCUACAUAUCCAAACAUAGGAGCAGAACGAUAUGACACGGUAUACGAAUUGCUCGGUGUCACAGUUCGUCUGCCGAAACUCGGGAAAUAGGAUGAGUUGGUCUAAUAAAUUGGAAAUGCUACUAAAGAAUUUUAAUCUUCGAAGUAAGAUAGGUCCUGAUGAAGGUGACUGUAAAGUAUUUUUCGUUGGAGAAGAACAAGUUGGAGUGAUAAGGGCUGAUAUAUGGAAACAUCUUCUUCACUAUCCAAGUGUUUUUCAAUAUGAUAAAUCUCGUGAAAGGGUAACUUUAAAUCCAGAAUGGAGAACUUAUGAUGAAAGAAGUGAAAAAUUUGAUAAUGUUUUGCGAGAAUUAAGAACAAAAGAAAUUUUUAGUACUCUAGCUGGAUGGAGGGAUGAGUGCUAUGACGUCAGUUCUAAAUUUGGUGAUGUUCCUGUAAUGAAGAUGGAAAGGUCUGCUACAUGUUUAUUUGGGAUUAAAAGAUGUGGUGUUCAUGUUAAUGGCUAUGUUAAAAAUAUCGAUGGAAGUAAAUGUUUAUGGAUACAGAAACGGGCAUACACAAAGCCAACAUGGCCUGGAAAGUUGGACAAUAUGGUUAGUGGUGGCUUUGCUGUGGGUAUGACUAUUCUGGAAUGUGUACGUAAAGAAGCUCAAGAAGAAGCAUCAUUACCAGAUGACUUAUUAAAUGCUAUGAUCCCUGUGGGAACAGUUUCGUUCAUGUUUGAAGAUGAUAGAGGCAUAUUUCCAGAAACUUUGUUUGUUUUCGAUAUUGAACUCCCUGUGGACUUUGUGCCCAUCAAUAGUGAUAAUGAAGUUGAAAGCUUUCAUUUAUAUUCUAUAGAAGAACUGAAGAAAGUUAUUGUCACUGAUGAUUUUAAACUUACUAGCUCUCUAGUCACUUUGGACUUUUUAGUGAGACAUGGUUAUUUAAACUGUGAUGAAGCAAAAGUAAAUUUUUUAUGCGAUAGUCUUCACUAAGAAGAGAAAAGUUGAACAGAACCUGCAGUUUUGUGGAACCUCACUGCCCUGGGCUAAGCAAGUCACUUAUCUUGGGGUGAUUCUCACAAAUUCUCUUACAUGCUCCCCACAUAUCCCUCUAUUAUUCAGAAGUUUCAGAUUCGUAAAGCUAAACUUUCAACCCCUUAAUUGCCCAAUACAGCAUUCUGUGUAUAGAUAAUAAGUUACUCAUUUGUAAAUCUAUUUUGCAUUCCAUCCUCUGUUAUGCUUGUGUAGUCUGGGCGUAGUCAUGUAAAACUCUACGUAAAAAUCUGCAAACUGCCCAGAAUGUUGUUUUGCGGCUAAUUACAAACACACCGUACUAUAUUAGAAACAAUGCAAUUCAUGCGGAACUAGGCAUAAUUCCGCUGAAGUUUUUACUUUCAUCUGGCCAGACAGUUUCAUGUUCGUUUACAUACUAUAAGUAACUCUGAAAUCAGAAUUUAUAAUUAUGAUUAUAAGAACAAUACUAAUAAAAAAAGGCCAAUGUUCCUUCUCAAUACAAAUGUAAUCAUGAAGUCUGAAUUUUUGUAUUUGCUUUGUCAUGUUAUUCGGUGAACUGUAUUCAGGAGCUGGUUGACUUUGGUUUUAACAACAAAGAUUAUCAUCACAAUAUAUUUAUUUUAUCAUUCAUUUAUUAACCAUUUCGUAGUUAUCAAGGCCUCUAAACAUUUUAAAUUCUCAAUCACAUUGCUCUAAGCUCUGUUACAGCAAUUACACAGGACAAAAAAAGUACUCAAUAAUGAUAUGUAGAUCGAGAAAAAAAAACUCGCUAGCAGCACUGCCUAUCGGCAACUUUUACUCACUACUAAACACAUAAUAUUUUAGUAGUGAAUACAGAACGUUUAGUAGAUAAAUGUUUAGUAGUAAAUAUUUGUGUGUAUUGUAUGCAUUUGUUCACCACUAAGACCUGUUGAUUCAAAAUUACCUUGGUAACGUAGAUUCAGUUAGAUAGCUUUGAGGCUUGAAUUUAUAGUGCAUGAAUUUUUUCAAAAUUUAAAUUUAAAAAAUACUAUAUCUCAAAUAAGUUACUUUGUAAAAUAUUUCAAAACUUUCAAUUAUGUUGGAUUUGGGAUAAGACAUCAACCUAGGCACCCAGGUGUAUCAAAACAGAGAAAGAGUAAAUUUUUACCUUUGCCAUUUUAUGAUCAGCAAUUUUACUUACCUUCAUUUUAUGCAUGAUGAAAUUUCUUGUAUCACAGACAUAUUUUAUUUCUAAAUACUUGAGCAAUAGACCAAAAAUAUUGUAAAUGAAACAUGCUAUUUUUUGCUACAGAAAUUAUUAACUGUGGCAAAAAUUUACUAGAAUGUAGUAAUUUUUUUUCCUUUUUCUCUGUGAUACGUAUAAAAUAUGUACUGUUGUAUACUUGUAUGUAUUUUCCAUUGAAAGAUGUGUUACCCAUGCUUUACAGUAAUUUCUCUUUCAAUGCAGAAUGAAGUUUUCAGGAGCAUUGUGACUUAAAACUGGACCAGAAAGAAUUCUUUUGAAAGAAAUGCUGUUAACAUGUGUAAAAUCAAAUAAAAAUUUCAUUUAUAUGAAUAAACAAACUUAAAAGUAUACAAUGCAAAUGAAUGAAUAGAAAUUUUUAAAAAGACUAUUUGAAUCAUUAUAAUUCAACCACGCAACUCUAAUUAAAAUAAAAUUCUUUAAACAGGAAAAAAAUCUAAAGAUAACAUUUUGAUUUAAAAAUGUAACAUAAACAUAAAAAUAUUUCCAAGAAAGAAGAAAUGAGAAAAUUUUUUCUGCACAUACAGGAUAAAAGGCAAAGUAGAAAGGUUAACGUAAACUGACAAAAGAGAAACAUAGCAAAGUAAAACAUACCUUUAGAUAAUGUAGUAAUCUUGUUUCGGGCAUAGAUUUUAAACAAUAUUCUGUUGAUUUCAAGGGUGAUUUCUGUGCCUGUUCACCCUCAAAUCAGUAGAGUCUUGGUUAAAAUCUAUGUGAAACACCAGAUUAUUGCUUUGCCUACUUGUAUGAUAAAUUGAGAAAUUUGCCAAGUGACUUAAUCUUGGCAGAAAGGAAAAAAGGGGUGCCAAACUACAUUUUGAAUUGCUUCGGAAGUUUCUCAUACAAUAUUCAGACAUAAUUUGAGCCUUUGAAUCAAAAUAUGGAAGAAAAAAAACACAUAAGAAUGUUAUUUCAGAAAAAGUCUGAUUUCUGUGUUAAAAUUUGCAUCUUAAAACAAUACUAGUUAUAAAUCUAAUAUAUAUAUCUAAGUUGUGCUUUUGAGAUUGAGAAAUGAAAGUUGAGUUUUGGUAAUGGGUCAAGUAAAACAGCCUUUAUUCUUUUCUUUUCUUUCUUUCUUCCCCCCCCUUUUUUUUUAAGUUGAUGUACAUUAAAUAGAAGAAGAAAAACUAGUUGUUCUAUUUUAUUACAUAAAGAUGUAUGCCAGGAUCGUAAGUUUACCGUGAACUGAAAGAUCAGCAAGUCCAUAAAAGUAACAAGCAUAUAUAUAUAUAUAUAUAUAUAUAACAUUGACUGCAAAUGCAAAAUAGACCCUAAAAGCAGAACAUAAAUAAAUAAAUCAUUUUACAAUAUUACAACAAUGCAGUAAAAAUGAAUUAAAUAUUUACAGAUAUGUAUAGCAGUACUGUACAUUUAUGUUUACAUUAUGUUUAUGUUUGGUUCUAAGUUGUGCUCUAUUAACAGAAAAACAUAUGUAAAAUUUGAAAAAGAUAACAUUGAAUAAAACAAAUAAUUAAAUUUUAUCUGUAAUAAUUAUUUCUCUUUAGGAGUAUAAAAUAAAUAAGUACAAAUUUGAAGUACAUUUCAUUCAUUCAUGGCUUGAAUGAAUAUGAAUGGUCAAAUAUUGAUGUAUGCUUGAUUGCUAGUUAAGGAAUGAAUUCAUUUUGUGUUCUUGGGGAAAUCUGUUUGUUGUUCACAUUUUACUAUAAUUCUUCUGCUUUAGUUCAAAACUUUUUUUAAUUUGUUGCACUUUUUUCCAUUAAAAAAACAGUUAUGCUAAUUUUUAUUAAAAGUUGGUAAAAUGCAUUGUUUCUAAUUUUGAAUAUUUUGUUACUUCUGUGAGAAAUCAUUGCUUCCUGUACUUUGAAGUUAUUACAAUCUCCUAGUUAAUUAUUUUUCGCAUUUGUAGUCAUCUGUUUUUGAAACUGUUAGAAAUUGUUUUAUGUAUUAUUAGUAUUAUGCUUUAAAAUUUUUUACAUUCCUCCUUAGCUUUAAAAAGAUGCAAUUGAAGCCUGUUUCAUGUUUAUUGAUUAAUUUCAUUGUAUAUAGUUCCUUUUUUUUAAUAUAGUACAAAUUAUAUUUUUGUAUGCUUGUUUUAUUCAAAAUUAUUAUUCUGGGCAGUAUUUCACAACCGUUCAUAACUUCUGUGAUUUUAUUUGAAUUUCAUUUUAAAAUUGUGCUGUGCAUUUGCAGUUGGAAAAUUAUAUCUGCAUUUUUAAUGAUUUGAUUUUCUUCCAUUCUUUCUCAAUGUGUGUAUUUGAAAAGUGCAAAAUUCCUGGGUAAUAAGAUUAGAUACUUUUAAUGAACAAAUUUUAUAAAGCUUAUAUUGAACUGGCUCUAGACUAAUAAAGAGAAUAGACAAAUUUUCAUUGUCUUAUUUAAGGAUUUUAUUUUUUGAAUAUGUAAAAGAAGAGGAUAUUUUGUUUAGAAUAAUAUUAAAGAAGUACUUAAUUUUUUGUUUAUUUGUUUUUGUUUUCAAUAUUUGCAUUAGAUGUAAUUUUAGAACAUGUUCAGCUUUUCAGUUUGCUAAAGAUCUUCUAAUGUUUAUUUCAAACUGAAUGUUUAAAAGACUUCCCCCUCCUCCAUUAGAAAAUAAUAUUUUUAAAGCUAAAUAAUUCGAGCAUUUUAAAAUGUUAUAUUCUGUUAUUUGUAUUUAAUUUUGUUUUUAAAUUUCAGUUUGCUAUUUUACACUAACAGAUAAUUUUUCUAAAAUGCUUAUAAAAGCUAUUUAUGCAAGUUCCAUUGUAAAUUGUAAUGGAAACGUUUUUUCAAGUUUUACUUAUCUUUUGGUAUGUUUAAAUGUACACAUCUUGGUAAAUUGUGCAUGCAUGCUCUUGUUGUAAAUAAGAACUGGAGAAGUAAAAAUCUGAUUUAUUGUUGGAUAUUUUUAUAUAAGCUCUUAUUUAUUUUGAUAGGAUUCCAGUUUUAUUGGUUGAGAAGCACUGUUAUUUUAUGAUUUACAAGAAAAUUCUGUGAUUUUAAAGCAGUAUGAGAAGAUAUGUAUUUGAGCUAAUACUGGAGCAGUAUCCUAUGGUUGUCUAAUACAUAUAUAUUCAUGAUGCACUUGAAUGCCAAACAUUCUUAAUAACUUUUUUUGAUGAAAAGUGAUAUACAUUGUAGUGUGAUAGUUUGUAAUAUGAACUAAACUAUAAAAUAGUUAUAGUUUUCAUACAUGAUAUAUUUUAACUUUCUUAUACAUAUUCUAACAAAUUUCUUGACAUUUUUAGGUAAUUAAAGUAUGCAUUUAAACUUUUCAUGGUUGUAUUUAUGGUUCCACUAUUUUUUUAAUGUUAACUAUAACUCAAGUUUAUGUUUAAAGCUCAUAAACAAAAUGAAGAGUACAAUAUUUAUAUUUUAAUAGCUAACUGAGAUAUGUAUGUUGUGCUAUAAACUAUGUUAAAGAAAUAAUUCUUGAAAGAAACUUUCUUUGCAUAACAUGUAACUUAGCUAGUAGCAAAGGCAUAAAUCAUCUGUGUUUUUAAAUUUAAGUGCAUUUUGAAUGAGAAAAAGAAAUUAUUUUAUUAGUGGUAAUGCAAAGUUUGUGUGUGAUAUUUGGUUUAUUUUCUCUUAUAUUAUUCCUUACUUGAUUUAGUUUUACCAAAACUAUUAUUUUCGAAAAAAUUAUCUGUACUAUUUCUAAACUGUGAUUAUGUUUAGUAGUUUUGCAGUGCAAUAUAUAUUUUUUUAUUCCCUUAAUUCUUAACUGGUAAACUUGUGAACAGGCACAUUUUGUAGAUUUCUGUGUUAAAUAAUAAAAAAGAUUUAAAUGUUUCAUAAUUCUUUUGCACAUGAAUAGAAUAACUAAUAAAAUAUUAUUUAUAACCUAAAUAAUAAGUAUAAUAUGCAGAAUUUGCAUCUGAAUAGUUAUAAAUACAUAUAAAUCCAGUAAAAUGUCUUUUUCUUUAUCAGAAAAUUAGUGUAAAAUAUGUAAAAAUUGUAGAAGCAGAAUAUUUUUGGAUGUACAGUGUAUAUAAUUCUACUUUACACUUUGCAGUUUAUUUCCAUAAUGCUUGUACAAAUAGAGAAAGCCAUGAAUAAUUGUAUGCUAGUAAGUAUUAUCAGUUAUAUUAAAGCUGUUAUAAUAUUAAUUUACAAUAAAAAUACCUGCAUUUAAUGAAAAAUUUUAUUAAAAAAAUUCUUCAUUGUGAAAUUCAUUAAUUAUUUAAAAACUAAUAAAAUUUAAGCCUAAAAUAUAUGUAUCUGUAUUAUAUCGUUUUUGAAAGAAUAGUCUGAAGACAUUUUAUUGUAGUUUAAGCUAUGUGUAAUAUUAAACCUAAUUUUAAAUGAUUAGAUUGUAAUAGAAUGCGUUUGAUUUAAUACAUAUUUACAGUUAUUUUGACCAUAAUAUAUGUUAUUUCAUAAACCUAUAAAAUAAAAGAAUAGGUUUUUAUAUUCAUAUAAGCACACCUUAAGCAUUCUG